GUGGCGCAAGAAGCGAAUGCGCAGCCGCCUCCCCUCCCGGCGCCAUGCCGGACCGUGACUCCUACGCCGGCGCCGGCGGCGGCGGCAGCGGCGACGAGGCGUCCCCGUGCGCCGACGACGACAUCUGCCGCGACUUCCUGCGCAACGUCUGCAAGCGCGGCAAGCGCUGCCGCUUCCGGCACCCCGACAUCUCCGAGGUCACCAACCUGGGCGUGCGCAAGAACGAGUUCAUCUUCUGCCACGACUUCCAGAACAAGGAGUGCGUGCGCCUCAACUGCCGCUUCAUCCACGGCACCAAGGAGGACGAGGACGCCUACAAGAAGACGGGCGAGCUGCCGCCGCGCCUGCGCCACAAAGUGGCGGCCGGCCUGGGCUUGUCGCCGGCCGACCUGCCCAACAGCAAGGAGGAGGUGCCCAUCUGCAGGGACUUCCUCAAGGGGGAUUGCCAGCGCGGCGCCAAGUGCAAGUUCCAGCACCUGCAGCGGGACUACGAGCAGGGGCUGGGCCCCGGCGCGCGCCGCUACGAGCCCUACGACGGCCUCUACGAGCCCGACGAGCCGGUGCUGAAGCGGCGGCGCGCCGAGGGGCUCUACGAGGGCUACGAGUACGCCUUCGGCAGCCCGCGCGCCGUGGAGUACCGGCUGCUGGAGGAGGAGAACGCGCUGCUCAGGAAGCGCGUGGAGGACCUCAAGAAGCAGGUCAACAACCUGCUGGCCACCAACGAGGUGCUGCUGGAGCAGAACGCGCAGUUCCGCAACCAGGCCAAGGUGAUGACGCUGAGCUCCACGGCGGCGGGCGGCGAGCAGCCGCUGGCGCCCGCCGUCACCAACUACAACCACAGCAUCGCCCAGACGCACACCACGCUCAGCAGCCAGGCCCUGCAGCCCCGCCCCGUCACCCAGCAGGAUUUGGUGGCGCCGGCGGGCGCGCAGGCGGCCCCGCCGGCCAACGCCGCGCCGCCGCCCAUGAACCCCGAGAUCGCGCCGCUGUCGGCGGCGCUGGCGCAGACCAUCGCGCAGGGCAUGGCGCCGCCGCCCGUCUCCAUGGCGCCCGUGGCCGUGUCGGUGGCGCCCGUGGCCGUGUCCAUGGCGCAGCCGCUCGGCGGCAUCACCAUGAGCCACGCCACCACGCCCAUGGUCACCUACCCCAUCGCCUCGCAGAGCAUGAGGAUAACGGCCAUGCCACACUGACCCGCGGGGACGGACGGACGGACAGACGGACGCACGGGGGGGAAACCGUGAAACCCCCUCCCGGUGCGACCCCCGGGGCCCCGUGGGCGGACUGAGAACCGGGGGUGGUACCGGGGGUGGCGCCGGGGGUGGCGCCGGGGGCGGCUCCCGGUGCCCUGUAAUGUUUUCGGCUAUUAAAACACAACAAAAAACCCCAAAAAAAA